AUGGUGGCAUCCGAGCUUACCGUGCGCCUCUCCGAACACUUUGGCGCCUACAUCGCCUGCGACCCCUCUCUACUCACCGAGGCCACCUCGAUCUGCACACACUACGCCGUCACGCCCGAGGAUCUCUUUUACAAAUGGGAGGCAUUCGCCAUCAACAACAACCUGCCCAAAUCAGAGCCACUCACCGUCGAACAUGCGAGGGAGCUACGCAAGAUCAUCGCUGCUACAGUCAACGCCAAUGCUGCCGCCAGCGUCGCUGCUGAUGCGGUCCCGGCACAGACGCCGUUGAAGCCGUCCAGCGCUUUGAACAGGGGCAGGAUCGCAGGUGACUUCAGCGCAAUGUUGGGGAUCAAGUCGACACCUAUCAAGCCUUCCGCAGCCAACACGAAUGGCAAUGUUUUCCAGACACCCGUGCGAUCGGCUUCGUCCACCUUGAACAACAACUCUCCUUUCGGCGGGCCAGGUGCCACGCCUGCCAGCGCAUCAGCGUACAAGCCCUCAGCAACGGCCCUUCGAGACAGCGACGUACACAUGUUCGACAUCGACUCUCCUCUUCGCAAACCCGCAGGCUCAGCAUCCACCUCCACGUCCAAGCACCCAACCUUCUCCAUCCUAGAAUCGCUCAACGAACACUUACCCCUCACCGGAUCCGGCAGCCAACUCACCCCAUCCGUGUCGUCCGCAGGAGGCAAAAAGACCUCUUCGCGCGUCUCGCUCGCUAUGGCCACAGACCCAAAAGCGUGGAACUACCGCUACAUGUUUGAGAAAAAGGGCGAGCGUUCGCAGGUGCUCGACGACCGCAUCGACGACUAUGCCUCCAUCUUGCGUGCCGCGUAUUCGAUCGACGAAUCGGAAGACUUCGGCGAUCCGUCGCUGCCCUCGCAAGAACCGAUCUGGGUCGUGGGGCGGAUCUGCCCCGCUCUGCCUGCUCCCGAGAGCUCGGCGGGGCAGGCUUUGCGCUCCAAGGCCGCUGCGCGUUCCAAGGCGCAGAUGGAGGAAGACGACGGAGCCGCAGCCCCGUUUGGCCUACCAAAGCUCGCCGAGACAGGUGUGGUGCUCGAAAGCUCGAGGAUGAUGGGCAGUGGCAACCGGACCCCGCUUGUGUUCACGAAGGGGUGUAUCGUCAAACACACCCCGCAGGACGUGGGCACCGGUGGAGCAGCAACGACGCUCAGCCUGUUCCCUGGACAGAUUGUCCUGUGUCGCGGCAUAAAUGCCGGAGCGGACAAGUUCAGCGUGAACGAGAUCUGCUUCCCUCCACCCCUCCCCUUGGCGGUGCAUACGGUCGAAGAGGCACUGGACCACUCGUACUCGCCCAGCAAACUCAACGGGAGUGCGCUCAACCUCGUCGCCGCUUCCGGCCCAUUCACGAGCGACGACGAUUUCGAGUUUGCCGCCUGGCACAGAUUGAUGGAUCAACUGGAAGCUGGCGGCUUGCCCAACGAUACCGCUUCUGCAGAGCGAAGGGGUGUGCCGGAUACACUCAUCCUGACCGGCCCUUUCAUUUCGUCGCAGCACCCGCUGCUACCCUUUGCGAGCGAGAUGCCGGCCGAGCUGUUCGCCAAACACUUCUCCUCGCGCUUACACACGCUGCUGGAAAAAUACCCGUCGACCAUGGUUGUCUUGAUCCCGAGCACGUUUGACGUUCUCAACGUACACUCUGCCUACCCGCAGCCGUCGUUCGCCAAGGAAGACGCAGUGGGUGCGAUGGGGCUGCCCAAACAACGCGUGCGGUGCCUGCCCAAUCCGAGCGUGUUCUACAUCAACGAGCUCGUUGUCGGCACUACGACGGCUGACGCGCUGGGCGACCUCAAGGCCGAAGAGAUGGUCACGCGCAUCGAAGCAUCCGCCAGCCCGGCACCCGCUGCAGGAAGUACGGACAGUAUCGCGUCUAAAAGCAAGGAGACCAACACACGGUGGUCGCGCUCGCUCCUCUCGCAACGCGGCUUCUACCCGCUCUACCCGCCCCCGCCCACACUGGCGUACGACACGUCGCACUCGCACCUCCUCCAGUUCCCCGCGGUCACGCCCGACCUGCUCGUCCUCCCCAGCGCCAAGCUCGCCAAGCCGUUCAUCCGUGUGGUCAACAGCGCCACCGUCGUGCAGCCGGGCAGCGUCGCCAGGGGAAGCGUCGUGUGCAUCCAGGUCGAUCCCCUCCCCAGGGCCGAGCUCGAGCGCAAACAAGAGACCGACACGAUCAAUUCAGGCCUGUACGACCGAGCCCGGAUCGACGUCGUUGCUAUCUGA